AUGUGUAAGUUGUUGGUGAAAUCCACCCAGCUUUACGCUACUCCAGUGACUGAAGCAGAGACCAAAACAUUGGAAAAUAAACAUUUGAAAACUGAAGCAGCUGAACCAAUUCUGAAAACACCAAACUCUGUUGAAUUUAAUUCUGAAAUAACUAGCCGGCUGGAGCAAAUUGAGUUAACUCUGACUUCUCUUCAAGACACCAAACAAAAGACUGAAGAUGACAUAUCAGAAUUAAAACAAUGGAGAGACAACUUUGUAACAGAACAAAAUGAUAUGGUGGUAAAAGUGGAUCAAUUAUCAAAGAAACAAAAACAGAAUUUUAAGAAUAUGAGAAAACAACUAAAAGACUAUGAUGAUAAUCAAAAGAAGUCAAAUUUAGAAAUUGAAUAUUUACUAGAAAAAGAAUCCUUCUUGAGCAAAACACUAGAAAACUUAUCUAUAGAUAUAAAAGAAAAUGAAAGCAACUUCAACAAAUUGAAUAAAGAGAUGCAGCUACAGACUGAUAAAACAAGUGUGCUUAUACAAGAAAUAAAAAGUCAGACUAAUUCAAUGUCUGAUUUACAAGAAGAACAAAAGAAAAGAGCAAUGCAAACAGCCAAUCAAAUUAUGACUAUUACCUCAGCACUGGAUGUAAUAGAACAUAAAUUACUGGAGAUAUCACUAAAUAAUCAAAUAAAGUCGCAACCACAGGUUAAACCUUCUCCUAUCGGAUUUGUAGCAUCGCUUGGCAGGAUACAAUUUGGUCAAACACAUUUUCAGCAUAUAGAACGUAACGAAGGAAACCAUUUUUAUCCAAACACUGGAGAGUUUAUCGCCCCUGUUGAUGGCCUGUAUAAAGCAAGUCUUACAAUAAAACAAACAGGAGAUGGUACUGUAAGGGCUGGUGUUGGGCACAGAUCUGGGCGUGUGGUAUCAUGGCUCGGUGAUGUUUGUACACAAGAUAAAUCUGUAGAAACUUCAAGGACAUUUGAGUUUCAUAUGAAAACUGGAGAUGUUUUAUUUAUUCAAAAUCUUAAAUGGCCUACAAUUAAGUGUACACAUUUUUCUUGUUUUCUCGUAGAUAUAUAAAUGAACUAGACAUAGUUACCAGUUACAUGUGAAUUAUAGGCAGAUAUUUUUAAAUGUUAUACUCUUUUAAGAAAAAUAUUUUACAAAAUAGUUAUUGGUAAAAAAUAAUGUACUUUACUACACGUUGAGCGAUACACAUUAUUAAUCAACGCAACACCAUAAUUAUUGCCCAAUCAGAUUUUUAUAAAAUUGCAAGAUAUGGGAAGGGGAUCUUAGUGAAGAUGAUGUCAUUAGUAUUGUGUAUAGUUUUCGACAUUUGAUUUUUCAUUAGAUUUUUCACCCUGCAAUCAAUGAGGUCAUUAGCGGUGUGUACUUUCCGUAGUUUAAACUUUUUAUUAGAACAUUGUUUCUUAAAGAUAUUUUUCUAUUUGUUUCAUAUGACGUCAUUAUUUUUGCCAGAGAUAGUUUUUGUGCUACUGAUAUGUUCACUAGAGCUUUCUUAUCACAAACAUAAACACUUCUCCGGUUGCAUAA